AUGGGAGAGACAAGAGAAAGCUCUUCCGUUCCUAGUCGCGAAAAGGAGUGGCCUGAGACUCAAGCGUUUUCGGAGAAAAAGACGGAAGACGUGCAGAAACAGGCUGAGCGCGGCUGCGCAAAGGCGCACAUCCAAACGCCUGGCACGGGUUCAGCCCCGAGCACGGGAAGAUUUCGCAAAGGGAUGUUUCAGAGGAGCCCUGUGCGACGCUCCACCGGAGCCCUGUUUCUCCUCGUGCCCUGGUUCAGCUGCCUGGUUGUUGGAGAGAUUAGCAGUGACUUCUCCCAGUGCCUUGAUUUCUUCUACGACAGAAUUCCACCGGCGGGGAUAGCUGGGGCAGGGUAUCAGCCCAUAUGCCAGCGCUACAAAAACCAGUACCGCUUUGCCAGCCUGUAUCACCGUCAGCAUCGCACCCCUUUGUUCUCGGCCUACAAACUGAGUCCUGCCGAUGGGAAACGGCCCGCUUCCACUUGGCUGUAUGAACCACAGCUGGCAUUUUCCCGUGCGGGCCCAGAAAUGACAGCGUUCCAAACACCUGUUGACCAGAAUGUGAUCGAAAGCCAGGCGGUUCUUCAGGACUACAAAAACUCCAGCUUCACCAAAGGCCAUCUCAACCCCAGUAUGCACCAGAGGACGAUAGAAGACCGAGAGGCCACCUUCACGCUGACAAACGUCGUCCCUCAGAAGGCCGGCUCCAACUCUGGCCCCUGGAGCCGCCUGGAGAGCCAGGUGCUCGGACGGUUUAAGGCCUUCUGUAAUGGCUCCAUGCAUGUGAUCACAGGGGUCCUACCCUACAGGUCCGGGCCGCGCUGGAUCAAUGGCAGGGUGUCGGUUCCUGAGUACAUGUGGUCCGCGUACUGCUGCCCGUCUUUCAGGUCGGACCUCCCGGGGUCCAUGCAGCAGUUCUUCCCCACGUUUGCUGCAGUGGGGAGGAAUGACCGCGACAGUGGGGAGGAGAUUGUGCCGGUCAACGUGAAGGCGAAGGCCGCCGUACGGGGGUACGACGUGAGGCGGAUGCCUCUGGAGACCUUGGAGGGCAUCCUGGUGGAGAGGCUGGCUCUGUCCAUCCGUUUGUUCAGUGGAAACUGUGAAAAUUGA